AUGAGUCUUUGCCAGAACCGCCUACUCGAGGAGCGGAAGCAAUGGCGUCGUGACCACCCUUUUGGAUUCUACGCGAGACCGCAGCGAAAUGCGCAGGGCGUUUCCGAUAUGAAGAUUUGGGAGUGUGGCAUUCCAGGCAAGGAGAAGACGAUCUGGGAAGGCGGCCUCUUCAAACUCGUUAUCAACUUUCCCGACGAAUAUCCCACGAAGCCCCCUAAGUGCAAGUUCGUGCCUCCCUUGUUCCACCCGAACGUCUAUCCCUCCGGCACCGUGUGUCUAUCGAUCCUCAACGAAGAGGAAGCAUGGAAGCCAGCCAUCACCGUCAAGCAGAUCCUCCUCGGAAUCCAGGACCUGCUCAACGAUCCCAACCCUGACUCUCCGGCCCAGGCAGAGGCGUAUAACCUCUUCAAGAAGGAUCGCGUCGAGUACGAAAAGAGAAUCCGACGGGUUGUGCGGGAGAACCCCGCGAGCUAA